GCUCCAGCCAACAUUCUUUUACCCUUGACCUCAUCCCUCAUCUUAGCGAGACCUUUACAAGCAGCUUUAGCCUCCACUUUUGGGAUAAUUCAUCAUUCUUUCCAAUCUCAGGCUUUGUCACAAUGGCUGUUGAUCUCGCUACUACCGCCCAGGCGUUUCUGCCUCGGGUUGUUGUUUACACAAUCAUUGGUACCACUGCAGCAUGGCUGCUACACCUCAUGCAACCUGCUUUUCAAGCGGCACUCUCCAAGGAUUACCAGAAGUUCAACUGGGCUGGUGAUAAGAAAGGUGUCGGUACAUUCAUGAAGGCAUCAUAUGAAGUUGCUCUUAAGUCUCAAGAAUAUUUCAAGGAGACUCAUCGCAAGAUUCUUGAAGCUGGCCAUGGAGGUAUUCAGCUCGUUCCAAUCCCCCACUGCAGCACGGGCUUCAUGCUCAUGGUGCCAAAGCAGCUGCUGAAUGAAUAUGUCAAACAACCUGAGAAUGACAUUUCUCUCAAGAGAUAUACUCUCCAAGCCCUUGUACCUGACUACACUACCCUUGGUCCUCAUAUCGUCAUUCACCCCGUCUACAGAAAUGUUGUUCACAAAGAGCUCUACCAGAAGGUCGCAGACAAAAUGCUCAUGGUCAAUGAGGAGAUGCAGGCUGCUCUAGAUGACAAUGUCGCCUCAAAGCUUGACUCCAAUGGUGUUGUGCAGAUAAAUAUGUGGGAUACAGCGAGUGCUAUUCUCAGCAGAUCUGCCAACCGUAUUAUCUCAGGUCAGCCUUUGUGUGACAACAAAGAGUACAGAGAUGCUACCGCUGAAUACGCCGCCACAUUCUUUGCGUCAGCGCUGUACGCCAGAUUUAUCCCACCAUUUCUUCGCCCGCUUCUGCUGCCUUACAUGUGUCGCCCGUUGAUGCAAUGCAUUGAGACAGCUGCCAAGCACGCGACGCCCGUGCUGAAAGAGCGCAUGGCUAUUAUUGAUGCGGCUGAAGAAAAGGACAUCGAACCAGAUCUCCCUAAUGACAUGCUGAGCGCUAUCAUCCUGGCCGCCAAAAAGGACCCCUACGGGCCAUCAGAGUACGAGCCAAUGGUCAUCGUCGCCAGAAUGAUGGUUCUAAACUUUGUCCAAUCGUACACUAACCUCGUCACAAUGACCAAUUUGGUAUAUGACCUCAUCUCACUCCCCGCAGGCGACUACGAAGCCAUGAUCAGCGACUUGCGUGCCGAGAUAAGCCAGGAAAUGGCAAAAGGCGAUGCAUUUUCACAUGAAUUCUUCCAAAGGUUGACGCUAAUGGACUCUCUCAUCCGGGAGAGCAUUCGCUACAACCCAAUUGGUGAGACGGGCAUUGAGCGAGCCGUGGGUAAACAGGGCGGCUUCACUUUCUCCAACGGCAUCCAUGUGCCGCAGGGUGCCAUCCUUGCUGCACCUAUCAAGGCCUAUCAGAGAGAUGAGAGGACAUACCCUGGCGGGUUUAAUCCCCGUCGAUCAAUGGAAGAUCCGGAGCAUCCUAAGAUGACGGAUAUUUCGCCGGACUUUUUGAACUUUGGACUUGGAAGGGGUGCAUGUCCUGGAAGGUUCUUUACUAGCAACUUGCUUAAGCUUACGCUGACGCAUUUGCUUAUGGAUUACGACUUUGAGAGAUUGGACAAGAGACCGGAGAACGUUCGCAAGGUUACAAUUGACGAGCCAUGCGGACGAUUCCUCAUUACGUUGAAGAAGAGGAACUAUGCUUGAAAUGGCUUAGAUAGAUCUCGGCAUGUAUGUAGAGCAAACUGUAGUAAGAAAUUAGUCUCAGUCAUAUCCCAAUAGAGCAAUGAGUGACAGGAAUGUCAAGUCCGAUCGCAACAUACGCCCAAACACGAUAGACCAGAG